AAUUCUCUUUCAUUUUAGGUUCUAGUGUUUUCUUUUUGCAAAAUAGGAAAUGCAGUCGUGUACUUACUAUAUCCAGUGUUUGUCUUUAUUUAGAAUGUCUUAAUAAAUCUUUGGUUUGGGAUUAUUGGAUUGUAUCGACUUGAACUGUCUUGUGCAACAGGAUCUGAACUCACAUUAGCUUAGGCACCUGUGGAAAUGAGAUGUUGGCUUUUGUGUCUGACAGCAGGAGACGUAGCCUCAGGCUUGUCCUUCAAGUGAUCACCUCAGAACAUUCUUUCUCUUUGCCAUUCCACUCCACCAAAGAUGGACUUUCUCCUACCUCAGCUGGUUAGCCUUUGACAGCAUUUUCAGAGAAAAAGACUCAAGCUCGCCAGAAUCUGUAUCAAUUUCUGGGAAAGAGUUCUCCUUAUCCCUAUUUGGUUUAUAUGCUUACCAAUGGCAUGGAGUCAAGCAGGAAGUUUCCAGAAGGAAGGGACAUGGAGCAGACAACAUGACAGAUGUUUACAACAUAACCAGAAAGCUCGGGUUAUGUAUGAUUUUGCUGCUGAGCCUGGAAAUAAUGAACUGACGGUUAAUGAAGGAGAAAUCAUCACAAUUACAAAUCCGGAUGUUGGUGGAGGAUGGCUGGAAGGAAAAAACAGCAAAGGAGAACGUGGACUUGUUCCCACAGACUAUGUUGAAAUUUUGCCCAAUGAUGGAAAAGACCCAUUUUCUUGUGGAAAUUCAGUGGCUGACCAAGCCUUCCUUGAUUCUCUCUCAGCAAGUACAGCUCAAGCCAAUUCGUCAGCUGCCAACAGUAACAACCAGGUCAGUAGCGGCAAUGACCCCUGGUCAGCCUGGAAUGCUUCCACAUCUGGAAACUGGGACAGCACUGAUGGGUGGGGAGCCAAGCCAGAGGGGGCCGCAGCCCAAAGAAACACCUCCAAUAACUGGGACACCGCCUUUGGUCACCCCCAGGCCUACCAAGGACCAGCAACCGGUGAUGAUGACGAGUGGGACGAAGACUGGGACGACCCCAAGUCAGCUGCUCCUUACUUCAAGGAUUCAGAGUCGGCAGAAGCAGGGGGUGCUCAGCGGGGCAACAGCCGUGCCGGCUCCUCCUCCAUGAAGCUGCCGCUCAACAAGUUUCCUGGAUUUGCAAAACCUGGAAUGGAACAGUAUUUGUUGGCCAAGCAACUAGCAAAACCCAAAGAGAAAAUUCCUAUCAUUGUUGGAGAUUAUGGCCCAAUGUGGGUUUAUCCUACCUCUACAUUUGACUGUGUGGUAGCAGAUCCCAGGAAAGGCUCCAAAAUGUAUGGUCUGAAGAGCUACAUUGAAUAUCAGUUAACACCUACGAACACUAAUCGAUCCGUAAACCACAGGUAUAAGCACUUUGACUGGUUAUAUGAACGUCUCCUGGUUAAGUUUGGGUCAGCCAUUCCAAUCCCUUCUCUUCCAGAUAAGCAAGUCACAGGUCGCUUUGAAGAAGAAUUUAUCAAAAUGCGCAUGGAGAGACUCCAGGCGUGGAUGACCAGGAUGUGUCGUCACCCAGUAAUCUCAGAAAGUGAGCUUUUCCAGCAAUUUCUAAAUUUCCGAGAUGAAAAGGAAUGGAAAAGUGGGAAGAGAAAGGCCGAGAAAGAUGAGCUGGUGGGAGUUAUGAUAUUUUCCACCAUGGAACCAGAAGCACCUGACUUGGACCUACUAGAAAUAGAACAGAAGUGUGAUGCUGUUGGUAAAUUCACCAAAGCCAUGGACGAUGGUGUGAAGGAGCUGCUGACCGUGGGGCAGGAGCACUGGAAGCGGUGCACAGGGCCAUUACCCAAGGAAUAUCAGAAGAUAGGAAAAGCCUUGCAGAGUUUAGCAACAGUGUUUAGUUCCAGUGGUUAUCAAGGCGAAACGGAUCUCAACGCUGCCAUCACUGAAGCAGGAAAGACUUAUGAAGAAAUUGCUGGUCUUGUGGCAGAGCAGCCAAAGAAAGAUCUUCAUUUCCUCAUGGAAUGUAAUCAUGAAUAUAAAGGCUUCCUUGGCUGCUUCCCUGAUAUUAUCGGCGCCCACAAGGGAGCAAUAGAAAAAGUGAAAGAAAGUGAUAAACUGGUUGCAACUAGUAAAAUCACCCCCCAGGACAAACAGAACAUGGUGAAGCGGGUUGGCACUAUGUCUUAUGCGUUGCAAGCUGAGAUGAAUCACUUCCAUAGCAACCGGAUCUAUGACUACAACAGUGUCAUCCGCCUGUACCUGGAGCAACAAGUGCAGUUCUAUGAAACAAUUGCAGAAAAGCUGAGGCAGGCCCUUGGCCGCUUCCCAGUCAUGUAGACCAGAACAGAAAAUGACGAGAACUCCGAAGUGCUUCUUUCUGACUUUGGGCAAUGCAAUUUAAUAUUUUUCCCCCCUUCUGCAAAAACAAAAAGGAAAGAACGAACGAAAACCAAAAAGAAACAGAGUUGCAAAAAACUGCAUCUAUUUUAUUAACAAACCUAAAUGAACACAUCGGUUACUUAGGGACAGUUGUCUCUGGCUCAUUUCCACAUCCAUUAUUUAAAACAAUGGAAAUUGUCUCUAUUUUUGGAAAGUACUUAAAGUUAUCAGAAUUUUGAAUGGAAAAUUAGGGGUUUCCCCCACUGAUAUUUUACAUAAAAUUGUGAUUUUUACAUCGUCCAUGAUCUUCUGGUUCUUACCCAAUGUCAGAUGAUUACUAAUUGCUUUCUUAAAAAUAUGAAAUAUGCCGGGAUAAAAAAAUAUAUAUGUUUGUAUAUUUUUAUAACUCUUUUCAGUCCUGUGGGACACCUGUCUACUUAGGAAAAUCUACAUGCCUUUCACGGAUGUAUUUAUGACUCCAGUGCUUACGUUUCCAGGAGAGAGGAAGCCAGGAGAGGGGCUCCUAGGGCCGCUCCUCACCGGCAGCGGCUCACAGUCACUGUCCCCCUUUCCCCAGGAACAUUGCUGAGCGUCCCCUUCUGUGCAGAGGGCUUGCUCCCUGGCACCCCCUUCCCAGGCAUAGUUCUGGCCAGAAGGAAUAUGCUGGAGAAGUAGGGCUCUGACUCUGCUCCCAGGGCUGGGCUGACCCUGGUGCUCGGGAAAGAGUGGUCCCCGGGACAAACAUGCUCCCCACAGCUCUCACCUCGAAUGGAAGUCUCAGUCUAUCCAGUCAGACGUGAUGAGAAAUGGGUGUGAGAGCGUAAUUUGCUCCUCGCUUCAGAAGGGAGACCAGCGGGCCAAGGCUAUUAUCUGAAAAGAUGAAAAACCCAGCUCAGUAGACCUCUCCGUCCCCACCAAAUGGAAAAGUUUAGGGACCGAUAUAAGGGUGACAACCUGAAUAAUGCACAGUGAUCCCUAGAGCUUUUAUGUUCAAGAAGUACGGAGUGAUGUUCCUCGUGACUGCACCCUAAACGUCAGAGUUGUCCUGACCACUAGGACUCCAGUAAACGGCAUAAAGCCAGACACCAUCUUCAUAGACUGUCCGCUUUCCAUCUGAACACACACUAUCUUGCCUGCUGGCGAGCGUGUCCGUCCACAGUUGCCUUACGACAGUACCCACACUGCUUUCAUUUUCCUGACCUACCGAUUAUAGUAUAGAAAAUGGAAAGUUUGGGCCCACACAAAUAAAAUGAAACCAAAAAAUAAGUAGAAGAGGAAAUCAGACGAACAUGAAUAUGAGAAUUUCUUGUUCUUUAAUAUCACGGGUUUUGUUGACGUUUUAUAAGUAAUUUUCCCUACUUGAUUUUUCUUUUAUAAAAUCUCAUAGAACAAUGUUUAUGAUACAACCAUUUAAUAUAUGUACAAAUUGUAAAGAAUAUGUAUAAAUGUUUUACACAAAUGUAAGAGCAUGUAGAAGCCAACAUAUAAAUAAAUUGUUUAAAAAAAAAACCUGUACAGUAAAUUCUGAAAGCACUUUUUCAAAACA